UUCAAAAUGGUAGACACAUUUUCAGAUUCACGUGUUCUAAAUUUUUCCGAUUUAGGGCUGAAUAAAUGGCUUGUAGACCAAUUAAAAGCUGUCGGAUUGGAGAAACCUACUCCUAUUCAACAACACUGUGUUCCUCAGAUCUUGAAAGGAAAAGACUGUCUUGGGUGUGCUAAGACUGGGAGUGGAAAGACUGCAGCAUUCGCUCUUCCUAUUCUUCAGAAACUAUGUGAGGAUCCAUUUGGGAUAUUUGCGCUUGUUAUUACUCCAACCAGGGAGUUGGCGUACCAGAUUUGUGAGCAAUUCAAUGUCCUUGGUCAGCCGAUUGGAUUGAAAGCAUGUGUCAUAACUGGAGGAAGAGAUAUGAUUCAGCAAGGUUUGGAACUUGCAGAAAAACCACAUAUCGUCAUCACAACUCCUGGUAGACUUGCAGACCAUAUAGAAACUGGCACAAAUUUUGGUCUCAAAAAGAUCAAAUUCUUGGUUCUUGAUGAGGCUGACAAACUAUUAGAAGAUGAUUUUGGAGAACAGCUGCAAACCAUUUUCAAGGUCAUCCCAAAGAAACGUCAGACUCUUCUCUUCAGUGCCACAGUAACAGAUACUCUAAAAGAUCUGAAUGAAUCAUCGGAAAACAAACCGUUUUGUUGGAUGUCUGAUUCGGCUGUGGCUACAGUUGAAGAACUCGACCAGCGAUAUGUUUUAAUGCCAGCAGAUGUGAAAGAUGCCUACAUGGUUCACAUUAUUGAGAAGUUUCUGGAGACAAAUAAAAGCAGCUCUAUAAUCAUAUUCACCAGUACAUGCAAAUAUUGUCAAAUAAUAGGAAUGAUCCUAAAGGACAUGGGUUUCCAGUGUGUGGUCCUUCAUUCAAUGAUUCCACAGCGGUACAGACUGUCAGCUUUGGCACAGUUCAAAUCAAAUACAAUCAAGAUCCUCAUUGCCACGGAUGUGGCCAGCAGAGGUCUUGAUAUCCCCACAGUCGAUCUGAUCAUCAACCAUAACAUACCCAACAGACCAAAGGAUUACAUCCAUCGAGUGGGACGGACGGCAAGGGCUGGGCGUGGGGGAAUGGCUAUAAGCCUAGUCACUCAGUUCGAUGUAAAACUAAUCCAUGCCAUUGAAGGCAGAAUCAAUACUAAAUUAACAGAACAUGAGACAAAUGAAAAAGAAGUCACAAAAAUUUUCACUGAAGUCGCUGUUUCAAGAAGAGAGGCUGAAAUAAAACUUGAUGAACGAGACUUUGAUGAAAAGAAGAAUAUUUACAAGAGAAAGAAAUUAAUUGCAGAGGGAAAGGAUCCUGAUGAUGAAGAGAAGAAGAAGGCAAGGUUAAUCAAGAAGCAAGGGAAAGAUAAAAAGUACAAGCCAAAGAAGAAGACUAAAAGCUGAUUUCUUGAAUCAAUUCUGCAGACUUGUGUGAUUGUUCCUUUGUAUGGCUGAUUGAUUUUACCAUUGGAUAGAUAAUACACUAGUUUGCAAUGUAAGACCCAAAGGGAAUGAAAUGAUAGCUGCAACAGAAAUAAAGGACUCUUGGUAAACUACAACCCACAGACUGUGCACGGAAUUGGUAACUUACUCUUGUAUUGAGCUACUAAAUUGUACUGAGUGGCUAAUACACACUUAAACUGA